ACUUACGCAAGUAAAGGUUUGCAGGGAUUUUGUGCUUGAUUUUGUACAGUGGCGUAAGGGUCUCUGCUUGGUGGUUCACGUGUUCUAGCUUUGUAGACUUGUAGCUGAAUCACAAAAUUCUGAAAAAAAUGAUCCCUGAGCUAUCCAGGCCCUCUGUGUACAUGAGGGACCGCAGGAGGGUGGAGGAGAUCAUUCAGGCCAUGAAGCAGGCGGGUCCCAGUACCAUGCAGGUGAUCUCUGACUUUGAUAUGACCCUCACCAGGUUUGCAUACAAUGGGAAGCGCUGCCCUACCUGCCACAAUAUCCUGGAAAACAGCAAGCUGAUCAGUCAAGAAUGCAGGGAAAAGCUGGAGGACCUGCUGAACACAUACUACCCCAUCGAGAUCGACAGCGGCCGUUCGGUGGAGGAGAAGCUGCCUCUCAUGGUGGAGUGGUGGACCAAAGCCCAUGACCUCCUCGUCCAGCAGAAGAUUCGAAAGGACCUGCUCACCCUUGUGGUCAGGGAGUCUGACGCUAUGCUCAGGGAGGGCUACCAGGUGUUCUUCGACCAGCUGCAAGAGCAGAGCAUCCCUCUGCUCAUCUUCUCGGCUGGCGUUGGGGAUGUGCUGGAGGAAGUUAUCCGGCAGGCCGGCGUCUUCCACCCCAACGUCAAGAUCUUCUCCAACUACAUGGACUUUGAUGAGAACGGUGCCCUUCGUGCCUUCAAAGGUCAGCUCAUCCACAUCUACAACAAGCGGGAGGGGGCGCUGCUCAAUUCGGGCCACUUCCAAGAGCUCAGGGCUCGGCACAAUGUCCUGCUGCUGGGGGACUCGCUGGGAGACCUCACCAUGGCUGACGGCGUGUACAGCAUGGAGAACAUCCUCAAGAUCGGCUACCUCAACGACAAGGUGCAGGAGCGGAAGGAGUCCUACCUGAAUGCGUAUGACAUUGUGCUGGAGAAGGAUGAGACUAUGGAUGUGGCCAAUGCCAUCAUGCUCUACAUCACAAGCAGCUACUGAGCCGGGGGUGGGGUGCUAGAGGCCGACGGGGCCUGAGGGACGGUGAAGGGUAUUUCCAAUCGCACAUAAGUGUCUCUGGGUGGUGGUAGGCAAGGAAUCAAUUCUAAAGGAAACAGGCCUGUCUUUGGUUGCUUUCUUCAUCUCAGUGACAGCCCUGCGAGUCAUUGAACCAAUGCUGGACUGAGUGUUUCAUCAGAUUCAAUGUUUCAUGCUUGUAUUGCUGGGUGUGCACCUCUCAGGGCUUUGGUGGAAAGCGGAAGUUUCCAACCCCUGAUUGCAAACAGUGUUUCCCCACCCUCCUGUCUAAGGUGUUCAUAAUUGUAACGGGGUAAGGAUUUUCGCAACUCAAAGAUCAACUCAUUCACAGAAGGGCACAAGUACAAGUAGGGAUCACUCUGCUUCGGUCCUGUACUCUUCAUUACACAGGAAAUCCACUCCAUUGGCCUGCCUAGGGCCCAAACGAGCAGUGGGCAUAUUACAUGCAACAAGAAAUCUCUUCAUCCUAGCAAGUGUUCCCUGCCCAGCUCAGAGAAUAUCCUUCUUUUGUUUCUUGUUUUUAUUUCAUGAAGGCAAUAUCACAGUUGCCAGAUUGUAUUUCUUCUAAUAGAAGGUUGUAGGUUAGUGAUGCUGCCACACCUUUUUAAAGUGUAUCUGUUUAGGAAUGCUAGACAUGUCACAUUGUGUCAAGCCACUGAACCACAUAGGAAAACUUGACUUGCUUGGCGUUGUGACAGUAGAAUGUGUAGAAUUUGUUUCAGUAGGAAAGGCCAGUCUUUUGUAGUGUUUCACUUGUAGUUUUGCAGUUUGUUUUUCUGCUGCAAUGCUGCACUACGGUCUUUGACCGUAGGUGUUUCUAAAGUGUGCAUGCUGGCCCGUGCCUUUGUUUCCUUGUCAUUUAAUUUCUGUGGACACUUCAUUUUAGGAAAAUUAAGGGGUGAGGAGUUGGCAGUGUGCCUUAUGGCAUAGAAAUAGGUUGCUUGACUAUCAACCACCCAGCAAUUUAAGGGAAAUGAAUGUCUAUCAUCAGAUGAUUGUUUUGUAGCUGGUAAUUACAGUGGAAAUUUACUAAUUUUGAAAUAAGUUGAGCAGGUGCAACAUGAUUGUAAUAAAAUAAAAAUCACAACAAGGCUAAAACAGUACAGUACAGUAUUGCAGUCUGCAUUUGAACCGCAGGAUUAUGUGCACAAAAAUUAAAACGUGUACUGUGUGACUUUUUUUACUGUCCUGAUUUUGCAGUAGAGGUCAUAAGAAGGAAAUCAUUUUUACCCCCAUCGAAAUUUCAUGGACACAAGAUGCUUAGAUGCAAAUGUAACUUUCUGUUGUUUAACCUUAAAAAAAUGAAUGACCAAAACAUGAUGGGGAACCCCGAGCAAAGUUGAAAAGGGAAAUCAAGGCAAGUGACUAUCAUGCAAUUGCUAGCUAGCUAAGCAGAAUCUUAAAUACUGAUUUUCAACAAUAUUUACCAUUUUUUCUGAUUCUUUUUAAUGGCUAGCAAGCUCCAGUCGAUGCUACAGCAUGUACUGUUGCUGGUUAGAUGGCUGUCAAUGUUUUACGCACCAAUCCAGCAUCCAGUGUGCCGUCUUCUCAUGUUAAGCGGUUCACGUCUGCUUUCACCCCUCUCCAGAAUGCACCCCGAGGCUGUGUGCUUGUCCUUCCUCACCCGCUUAAUGAGUUAAGUCUUGAUCCUUAUUGCAAAGUGUGCUAAAAUGUGGAUAGUAUACCUUCAACAAUAGGGUGAGUACUGUUAUUUCCCAGUAUGGGUGUGUAUUGUCAGGUGCUGCAAUUUGGAAGAAAAAUGCCUCAUUUGUCGUGGAAGUAGAUUGUGCAGGUGAGCAUUGUAUAUCAGGGUUGGGCAACCUGUGGCAUUAGAGCCUAUGCAGCACUUUACAGCUUCAUGUGUGG